GGCCCUCCAGUCAGUCAGGUCGGUCAGGCAGUGAGGCAGUGGUCUGAGCAGUGGUCACGGCUCUGCCUGGGUCGAGUGUUGUCCUCCAUCCCCCCGUUCCUGGUCAGCGGCGGCAGCUGCACGGGCGGAGGCGCGGUCUCUGCGGAAGACGCGGCCGAAAGCUGACUAGCUGCCGCGGAGCUUUGAGCUCAGCGCGGCGGCGGCGGCGGCCCAGCAGCCAACAUGGCGACGGCGGCGGCGGCGGGCGCAGGCCCGGAGAUGGUCCGCGGGCAGGUGUUUGACGUGGGGCCGCGCUACACCAACCUCUCGUACAUCGGCGAGGGCGCCUACGGCAUGGUGUGCUCUGCUUAUGAUAAUCUCAACAAAGUUCGAGUAGCUAUCAAGAAAAUCAGUCCUUUUGAGCACCAGACCUAUUGCCAGAGAACCUUGAGGGAAAUAAAAAUCUUACUGCGCUUCAGACAUGAAAACAUCAUUGGCAUCAAUGAUAUUAUUCGAGCACCAACCAUUGAGCAAAUGAAAGAUGUAUAUAUAGUACAGGACCUCAUGGAGACAGAUCUUUACAAGCUCUUGAAGACACAGCACCUCAGCAAUGACCACAUCUGCUAUUUUCUUUACCAGAUCCUUAGAGGGUUAAAAUACAUCCAUUCAGCUAAUGUUCUGCACCGUGACCUCAAGCCUUCCAACCUACUUCUCAAUACCACCUGUGAUCUCAAGAUCUGUGACUUUGGCCUGGCCCGUGUUGCAGAUCCGGAUCAUGAUCAUACAGGGUUCCUGACUGAGUAUGUAGCCACACGUUGGUAUAGGGCUCCAGAAAUUAUGUUGAAUUCCAAGGGCUAUACCAAGUCCAUUGAUAUUUGGUCUGUGGGCUGCAUCCUGGCAGAGAUGCUGUCCAACAGGCCCAUCUUCCCAGGAAAGCAUUAUCUUGACCAGCUGAAUCACAUUCUGGGUAUUCUUGGAUCACCAUCACAAGAAGAUCUGAAUUGUAUAAUAAAUUUAAAAGCUAGGAACUAUUUGCUUUCUCUUCCGCACAAAAAUAAGGUGCCAUGGAAUAGACUGUUCCCAAAUGCUGACUCCAAAGCUCUGGACUUACUGGACAAAAUGUUGACAUUUAACCCCCACAAGAGGAUUGAAGUUGAACAGGCUUUGGCCCAUCCAUAUCUGGAGCAGUAUUAUGACCCAAGUGAUGAGCCCAUUGCUGAAGCACCAUUCAAGUUUGACAUGGAAUUGGAUGAUUUGCCUAAGGAGAAGCUCAAAGAACUCAUUUUUGAAGAAACUGCUAGAUUCCAGCCAGGAUACAGGUCUUAAAUUUGUCAGGACAAGGGCUCAGAGGACUGGACGUGCUCGGACAACGGUGUUCUUUUGACCCCCUGGUCCUGUCUCAGCCCAUCUUGGCUUAUCACUUUGACUCCUUUGAGCCAUUCGGAGGGUCAGUUUCUGGUAGUUGUGGCUUUUAUGCUUUCAAAGAAUUCCUUCAGUCCAGAAUAUUUCUCCUGGCAUCCCUGUGUUGUCACCCACUGGUGACCUGCAGCAGUAUGUACUUUCAGUGCACCUACUGCUUACUGUUGCUUUAGUCACUAACUGCUUUCUGGUUUUGAAAGAUGCAGUGGUUCCUCCUUCUCCUGAGUCCUUCCUACAUGUCGUCCUGCUGACCCAUGUGGCCUCACCACAGCACGAGUCUUUCCAGACUGGCUUCAGCCACUGGCAUCUCACUUUACCAUAGGAAAGUAAACUACCUAGGGCACUUUUAAGUCAGUGACAACCCCAAAUUGGCACUUCACCCAUUGGCCAUAACUGCCUCCCCAGCGUAGGAGCUUUUUGAAAUACCUUGGAUGAUGUUGCAACCUGCAACAGGUGCUUCCACCUUGGGAGUUCUUCAGGAACACUGGGCAACAUCUUCUAUCAUGUCGUCCAUUAGCAUAUUUAAGAUGUGUCCUGUUUGCACAGCUUUUAGAAAAUCUAAUCAUUUUUUUCUAGAAAGAAGCACUGCACCUAGCAAUGUCAUUCUGCAGAUUUCCUAUGGUUACUUGUAUUAUUAUAGCGGUGUAACACUACUCAAAAUGUGUUACAUGCUGUCCUUAGUGUUUACAAGACCUACCUAAAGAGAUGUAAAGUGGCAGGUGCGCUUGGCAUUUGGUGCAAGAUGGGUAAAUGUCCGCAGUACUGAGUCAUGGGCCUUUCUAGAGAAGCAUCAAGCAAGCUGACCCAAAUGUUCAGGGUGGGGCUCCAUAUGCCCGAUUUGCACAUGCCCUGAGCUGCUUCACAUAGGCACCUGUUAGACCACAUUCAAGGCCUCAGGAUUUAGCAGAGAGAAACACUGCGUCUUUUAAUGAGAAAGUGUACAGUUCUUUUCCUUCUACAGCAUGUCAGCAUCUCAAGUUCACUUUUCAACCUACAAUUUAACAAUUUGUAAUAAAGCCUUCAUGAGCUCUCAACAUGAAGCACUGUUGUGUCGCCAAAUAUUUUCAUAUAUUUCUGGUACUGCUGAGUUAAGACCAUCAGAAAAAGCUAGCACUAAGUUGUGUUCAGAGCUCUCUCCAUAUUUCCUGAUAUCUGAUAUUUGUUCCUGCACUGUGUGCUGUGGAGUUGACGGUGUUGUCCCAGUGCAGUGCCUCCUGACUCCCCCACUGGUGAGAAGUUUGCCUUGUUCAAUAAUUACUGUGCCCUCGCAUGACUGUUACGGCUUUCUGUGCAGAGACCACUGUCCAAGUGCCACAUCCUAUGAUCGAGCAAAAUCUAUUGUUACCUCUGAGUUGUGUUCCAGGAAUAAUGUUAUUCAGCAGAUCAUUUAGGAAAGAAUUCUAUUUUUAGCUUUUUCUCAGCUGUCCUUUUUUUUUUUCUUGAUUGAUUUUGACAGCAACGGAGAAUGGGUUAUAUAAAGACUGCCUGCUAAUAUGAAUAGCAAUGCACUUGUAAUUCACGGAAAUAAAUGUACAUCUUUAUCUCCA